AUGACUAGUUCAUCGAGUAGCUCGGAACAGUCCAUCACGUCUGCACCCUUUGGUCUUCGCAAUGGAGCUCAAGUGCCUCGGAAACUCGUGAAGAUUCCCAAGGAUCAACAAGCAAUCUUUUCAGACAGUGGAAGACAACCGUGGAUCUCAGCUCUCAAGAAUAACCCACAACAGAAUGCCGCCAGAGUCCCGCCAAAGGUCCUUGAACAAAUUAAGUAUUUUCAUACCUCUCGGACACUACCGCCACCUGCCCAGAAGCCAAACGCGGCUGUUUCCAGUGGACCAACUGCAUCAGUCUCGGUCUCUGAGAGUACGCCCAUCCAUCAGCAAGAUGAUGGAUCAGACUCUGAGCCAGAGGUGCCCGUCAGCUCCUGGCCGGAAUCUCCCCCACGACCACCCCGUGGAAGAGAGCUACAAGAAACCCCCUCUCCAGCGUUUUCUAUCAGGUCACAAGUCAUCAUGACCCAGGCCCAGUCUGGUGUAGAACGAAUUAUCUCCCAGUCCCCACCGCCGCGAACGCGAAGCAGCCCUCAAAUUCGGUCUUCACCACCGAUGAUCCCAGCCACCAAGCGACAGUUCUCACCUCCUACAGGCGCCAAACGUCGCCGCCCAGCUGAAGUGUUUCCGUCCAGCAGCGCCGGUGUGGAAGACGAGCUGGAAACCGCCAUCCCAGGGGCUCUUUGCGAAGCGACACCCCCUGUCAACAGAAGAGCCGCGCGUUUGACUACUGUAUCUCAGGCUGUGACCAGCCCUCCCUGCGGUCAAGGAAGCAUGGUUCCGUCCACUUACAAAGACAUUAAGAGCUCCGACAAGGUGGAAGAACCAGUUCACAAGAAAAGAAGGAUGAAGGCAGUCGAAUUGAGCUCCCAAGAAGUCGAAGAAGAGCGCCCUUCGGCAAGAGUCGAUCCAAAAUCUGUGGCACCACUUCCUCAGACUCAUCAAGGGGCUCUACACACAGCCUCAAGCUCUGCACCUGCGUCAGCGGUUCUUGUUACCGACGAGCAACCGAAACUGGGAACACCCAAGGUCGUCAAAGAUGCCCCCAGUCUUUCUGGAACUGCCAGCGUUGGUCACAAGGCAGGUGAAACAUCUCGUCCAGAUAUUACGACCUCCAGAGCACACGUCCAACCAACUCUGGAGAGUGGGGGUAAGGCAAAAAACAAUGUUUCAUUGGCCACACGUGGAGUAUUGUCUGAGGGCGAUAGCCUGAAAUCCUCGAUGGAAGAGGUCCAGCGGCAGAAAGCAAUAUCAUAUCUCGACGAAACGUGGAAACGGAAUGGUCUUGAUUGGAUUCCGACCGCUUUCCAGCAUCUCCAGCCAACUCUGACAGCUCACAGCCUUGGUGUUCUGGUCGCCAUCACCCAUCAGGCAUUAAAGGACGGUAUACAACUCGCAAGGCUAUGGUCGAAGCCUGAUGGCCCGCUUCAUAAAGCGGCUUUGAAUGUUGCAGACGGAAAACUGAUCUUCUCCGAAGAAGUCGCCGAGGCAUCACUCUAUUUCUUGGAGGCAGAGAAGUCGAAAGCGGCGAAGACCCGAGGUCCAGCCUCGGGUGAAGCAAGAGCAGCACCUGUCGGAAGCUCAUCGAGGCCUGCAAGCCGUCACCGGACAGUGUCUCAAGUGACACCCAUCAAUUCUUCACCUCCACCAUCACCCAGCGCCAUGCAAGGUAUGCAGCCGACUGCUAUUCCACAAGUGCUUCAAGAUAGUCGAUACCAAACCUUCGAUGUCCAUCAUUCAGCACAGGACUCGGUCAAGAGGCCCCCUUUUGCACAGGAUCCGCUGGUAGCUUUCCGCCACGUAUACCCAUCCUUCUCGGGCAGCGUAGAUGACUUUGUGAAGGCUUGUUUCACGAUCAAAGACCUGCGUCGGAAACGACUGCUUCCCAAAUGGCUCUACGACGACUUCAUCCGCGCCUUCGUGGACGGGUUCGUCCCUUACAUCCAAACCUUGGACGAUGACGAGGAGCCGCUCUCGGCAUAUCAGUGGUACGUCGAGUACGUGGACCGGCCAGCAUAUCAGGGCGGUGUCGUGACACGCGAGAAUCUGUAUCUGGUUUUCAAGAUCUACCACAGUGAAUUCAAGUCGGCAAGGGAGUCUGUGUUGGAGAACGGAACCCCGUUUCCAGAAGUCGCACAGAGGCGUCUCUCUGAGCAAUCAGCGGCCUUGAACCUGAGCGUGGGUCCUAAUACGCCAGUUGCGCAGCAGAGCAACCCCAUCCCGAGGCCUCAUAUCGAGACACGCACAUCGGACGGCACGCCUAGCAAGCCUGCUUUCUCCCCCGUGCGUGCUUCACUCAGGGAACAGCCGAUUGCAUCGAAGACGAACGGCAGUGGCUGUGUUGGCGAGCAGCCUGCUAAUGAACCUCAUACUCACAAUGCCUUGCCUCCUGCAUCUGACAUCCCCCCUGCCAAUGGGGAGAAGGCCAAACAGCGAGUGACAAACAACGCGGCAUCAAGCCCUCGGAACCCUCCGGCAUCUGCCCCGGCCAUUCAACGACACACAAACGCUCUGCAGAACGACGAGGACGUCACAUUCACAUCCAGUACCCCGCGCCCCCGUACCGCAAACCCUUUGGAGGAAACUAUCAAGACGGAAAGCAACGAUAACGGCACCACCGCCACCGCCAGCACCACCACGCCGUUGCCGCAGAAGGCAGUUCCCAACCCCCUACUAUCUGAGCAGAGGGUCCCUUUAUUCUCGAAGCCCACCAAGGACGCCAUCAUCGCAGAGACCCCGCCGCGCAAGACAGCCGGUCCGCCCAAGCGGACUACCCAGCACCCAGCGGUACGUCGUAGCCUGCCGGCCUCUUUCUCCGACGGCCGACCGCCUCCCGCGUCGAUGCCGAUCAAGGCCUCAGUACCAGUGACGACGAGCCCGGCCGCGAGCCCUGUGCAAAGCGGUACGCCAAGAACCGCGUUGGGUUCCUUUUUCCAGGAGAGCCGCGUGAAGAAAUCCAAGCAAAAGACGGCCAUGACGGAGAAGGAAAGGAGACAAGCCGCUUUGGCCAAGAUGGAGAGGAUGUCGAAGGAAGGACGGUAUAAGCCCCCGUCUAGCACGAUGCCUCCCAGGUCUUGA